AUGGUCCGACACACCCUGUUGUCUCUGCGCCCCGCCGAGGGUUCGGCGCAGCAGCUUGCGGCCUCCCUGCACGAGAACAACGGCGGCAGGCCGGCGGCCACGCGCCUGGGGCACUCGGCGCGGGCACCGGCGCUGCAGGGGCGCCUCGAGGAGGCGUCCGACGGGGCGCAGCAGGUUGCCGCUUGGAUCCGCGGGUGGAAGGUUCGGCGGCCUACUGUGGCUGCCCUCAAGAGCCUGAAGCAGGUGCUCGAGAAGGUCAUGCCGGCGAAUCGGCCGAGCGGCGAGAAGCCGGCGCCAGAGGUGUCCGUGCGCUUGCAGGAUUGCGAGUGCGAGAUACCCUUCGGCACCAAGGGGCUGCGGGUGCGGCUCCCCGGGGUCCUUGAGCUGGACAGCCUCGAGGCCGUGCUGGAGACGAUCGCGGCUGUGCCGCCGUGCCCCGCCGACGCUGCCGGGCAGGGCGAUGCUGCGCAGGGGCAGGGGGGCGCCGCCGCGCGGGGCGAGGCCGCGCGGGGCGAGGCCGCGCGGGGCGAGGCCGCGCGGGGCGAGGCCGCGCCCGCGCAGGAGGGCGCCACCGAGCCGGAGGGCUCGUCCUUCCGGUCCGUCCAGUCUUUCGGCGAGCCGAGCGGGGACUGCAGUUGA